AUGUUGGAGGGGCUCUCUAGGUACAGCCCGAAGGCAGGGAGCAAGGCACUACCCAGAGUAGAAGCCAGGAAAAGGAAGCAGGCAGUUCAGAGAAACAGAGGAAGCCGCCACACUGUGCCUCCACUGCUUCUCUGGAACACCUCUUCCCGCCCCCCUCUGGCCACCUUUAUCCACCCGCAUGGCUUUGAAUCUGACCGGGACACAACUGGAGAGGGCACGGGGAAGGGCCCUGGCAGCUGCGCCGACCCCGUGGCUGCUGAGCCCGUGGAGCAGCGGCUGGCCAGUUUCACCAUCUUCACCAGGGAGGACUUUGAGGACAGCUAGCAACACGUAGCCAGCAGCGGCUUCAGUCAGGUGUUCCAGGCGCAGCACAGGCGCUGGAGGACCCGGUAUGUCAUCAAGUGCUCCCCCUCCCCACAACAGGACACCACCAGCUCCGAUGUGAACACCCUCAUUGAAGAAGCAGCCAAAAUGGAAAAAAUCAAGUUUCAGCACAUUGUGCCCAUCUACGGGGUGUGCAGGCAGCCCCUGGGCAUUGUGAUGGAGCUCAUGGCCGGUGGCUCCUUGGAGAAGAUGUUACCCACCCACAGGCCCAGCUGGCAGCUCAAAUUCCGCAUCCUCCAUGAGACCAGCUUGGCCAUGAACUUUCUCCGCAGCAUUAGGCCCCCUCUGCUCCACUUGGACCUCAAGCCAGGCAACAUCUUGCUGGACAGCAAUAUGCAUGUCAAGAUUUCAGACUUCGGCCUGUCUAAGUGGAUGGAACUGUCAACUCGGACGCAGAGCACUGAGAGGUCAGCUGUGCAGGGUACGCUCAGCUAUCCCCCUGAGAUGUUCCUGGGGAGUAACAAAGCCCCUGAGCCCAGCUCUGAUGUGUACAGCUUCGGGAUUGUCAUCUGGGAGCUCCUCACUCAGAAGAAACCAUACUCAGGACUCAACAUGAUGACCAUCAUAGUCCAAGUAGCAGCAGGCAUGCGGCCCUCCCUGCAGCCUGUCUCAGCUGAGUGGCCAGGCGAGGCCCAGCAGAUGGUGGCCCUGGUGAAGCACUACUGGGACCAAGACCCCAAGAAGAGGCCAUGCUUCCUGGACAUCAUAGUUGAAACAGACAUCCUGCUGUCCUUGCUCGAGGGUCCUGUGGCAGACCCUGAGGUGGAGGCCCUGGCCAGGAAGGUGUCCUGCAAACCAUCUCUAAGCCACCAGCCCCAGGAGGUCAGUGAGGAAGCCAGCCAGGAGCUGACAGACAGUGAUCUGGGAGACUCUCUGAAGCAGGCUUUGCAACUCUCUGACAGCAAGAGCCUGGUCCAUGACGAGGAGCUACGUGUCUAUGAGAACAAGGUCAUACCGCUCCACUUUUUGGUGGCCCAGGGCAGCGUGGAACAAGUGAGGCUGCUCCUGGCCCAUGAGGGUGACGUGGACUGCCAGACGGCCUCUGGCUACAUGCCUCUCCUCAUUGCGGCCCACGACCAGCAGCCUGAUCUCUGUGCCCUGCUCCUGACACACGGCACUGAUGCCAACCUGGUGGACGAGGACAGCUGGGCCUUGCUGCACUUUGCAGCCCAGAAUGGGGAUGACCGCAUGGCCCGCCUGCUCCUGGGUCAUGGGGCCCUGGUGAAUGCCCAGGAGAACGAAGGCUGGACCCCACUUCACCUGGCCACAGAACAACUUGAGAAUGUGGCACACCUUCUGGUGUCCUGUCACACUGACCCGAACCUGCGUGAGGCUGAGGGCAAGAGUCCGCUCCAUGUGGCUGCCUACUUUGGCCACGUCAGCCUGGUCAAGCUGCUGACCAGCCAAGGUGCUGAACUGGACACUCAGCAGAAAAACCUGAGGACACCGUUGCAUCUGGCCAUGGAGCGGGGCAAAGUACGAGCCAUCCAGUACUUGCUGAAGGGUGGGGCAGCCCCUGAUGCCCUCGGCCAGAGUGGUUAUAGCCCGCUGCACAUCGCUGCUGCCAGGGGCAAGUACCUUAUCUGCAAGAUGCUGCUCAGAUAUGGGGCCAGCCUGGAGCUGCCCACUCAGUAGGGCUGGACGUCCCUGCAUCUAGCAACCUGCAAGGGCCACCUGGAGAUCAUCCAGCUGCUGGCUGAAAGCCAGGCAGAUGUGGAUGCUCGAAGUAUGAACUGGACCCCCCUACACCUAGCUGCCCGCCACGGGGAUGAGACCGUAUUGCUGGCGCUGCUUCAGUGUGGGGCUCACCCCAAAGCUGCUGAGCAGUCGGGCUGGACACCCCUCCACCUGGCGGUCCAGAAGGGUGUCUUCUUGAGUGUCAUCAACCUGCUGGACCAUGGCGCAGAUGUGCAUGCUUGUAACAAGGUGGGGUGGACACCUGCCCACCUGGCUGCCCUCCAGGGGGACACAGCCAUCCUCAAAGUGCUGGUCAGGGCUGGCGCCUUGCUGGACAUCCAGGAUGGGGUGGGCUGCACACCACUGCAGCUAGCCCUCCAGAGCCAAAGGCAGAGCAUCGUGGCCUUCCUAGAGGGAAAGGAGCCCUCCCUGGCCAUCGUGGGCAGCGCGGAGCCAGGAGCCCAGACGGAAGUUUAG